UCUGCUGGAGCUUACAGGGCAAGAGUUCACCGGGCUGUCGCUAAGUUAGGGAGUUUCUCUCAGUUUGACGAGAGCUGACGAACUUUAGAGGCAAAACCAAACACAUGUGAUCCACCAAGGAGCCGCUCUCCGCAACAUAACUUCAGACUUACUCAUGGAUAUAAAAAAGUUUAACCAGAGCAUACAGAGGCGUUUUUACACACUUAGAAGUACUGUAGCGGCGAUUCCCUUUUAAAAGGAAGGACUUUUGGGGUGUGUGUGAGACAGACGUGAUGGCUGUUGGAGCUGAUAGCUGACACUAUAGAAUGAAAGAGGAUGGAACAGACAGACAACCCUACCUCUGAGAGCAACAACCCUAAUGGGUUUGUCAACCGAGUGUUUAAUGUUUCCCUGGAUGUGGAGAAUGAGACAAGCAGUGUGUAUAUUCAGGAGACUGGGCCUGGACCUACAGCGGGACAGGGAGAGACCCAGGCUGCCCCUCCUCUGACGCCGGUCAAGGACAGACCAGAGGUCAACCGCAGGGCCCGGGCCACAGGGGGCAUUUGGAAGAUCUUGACCCGAAAGCGAGCGGUCUCAGAGCUGGAGCGGAGACCCCACUCCAUGAUCCUCCCUGGGGAGGCUGCCACCCCCAAACUCUCUUUUGCUGACAAAGUUCGCUCUUUCAAGAAGCUUAAAUCUCCCUCUGUGUUUAGAGGGAAGACAGGGAAAUUGUCCAGUGCCAAGUUCAGCAGCUCCCUGGUUGAUGAGGAGUCUUUCUGCCGUGACUUUGGCUCUCCUCUGCAGUCCAGCAGGGGCACGCUCAGAAACCGUGGCAAGAGGCACUCUUACGCUGGCUACACGGCUGAGUUUGACUGCUCGUUUGAAGACAUUGACCUCUCAGCUCCGACAGACAGUCACCAGCCUGCCCCAGUGGGAGAGGCUGUGACCCAGAAUGGCUGUAAACCAUCAGAAAGAGUUUGCUACACUAAAAGAGGCCACAGCAACUCAACCAACUGUAACAACUCUGCCGCAGGCUGUGAAGAGCCUAAUGUUAAGGGUAGCCCCAGGACCAACGUCAGGGGAGGGAGGAGACACAAGGGGUCAGAUGUGUGGAGUUACCUGAGAAGGAUCUCUCUCCUUGGGAAGGCCAAUCCCGUCUACUCAGAGAGGAGCUUUGACUCUGAGCUUCACACUCUGGACAAGACUAUGGAUUCAGACUUUGGCUCUGUAGAUUUUGAGUCCGUCAGAGACUUCCAGCCAGUACCCCCAAAGCACUCGGACACCAAAGGUCACUUCGGUGGUUUGUUCAAGUUCUUCAACAGCGUUGCAGAGACAGCCAGAAAAUGGCGGACAUCAUCACGUUCUUUCUCUCCUCCAGAGGGAGAGAGGACUCCGCUGGGCUCCCCACGAGCCCCACAGCGAUCUGUGGACAGUGUUCACAGUGUUUCCCUCACUCUCCACAGCGAAGAACAUCCAAAACCUCAGCCUAUCCCUUCGUCACCAGUGACCCCUAAAUCCUCACACUCCAGUAGCUAUGACACUGAGGCUCCAGCAGCAGUGAAUAGUGGGCGCUCUCCUAAGGUAGUCCUGAAGGCCUUUAGGGCAUGCCCAGGGUCGCCCACUGUCAAUGGCGUUCAGUGCUUGAUUUCAGAGGGUACAGAGAAACAUAUAGACAGACAGACAAACCACAGGACCGCAGCCAUUGUACAGAACAACCUAACCCAACCAGGUCUGAAGACAGAGACAGAAAAAGAAGCUGACGUUGAUGUUGUAACGGAUCCAUUAGACAACGUCUGUCAAGAGGAAAAAGUGGAAGGACGCUCAGGAAAUGAGCAGGAUUCCAGAGAUGCUCCACCUGACUCCCAUCAGACAGAGGAAGCAAAUAUCCAAUCACAGGCAGGAGACAAAGAAAGCAUAUCCAAUAGCGUACCAGCAUCAGACUCCACAGAGGAAAUAUUUAAGCUGUGUGAGCAGAUUGCCGGAGGUAUGACAGGCUGCAGUGUAGGACAGCCCAACCCAGCAAUGUUCCAUUCUAGCUCAGGGAAGACCCCUGCACCUCGCAAGCCACCACGCACUCGUCCUCGCCCCGCCUCAGCCGUACUGGACCUUUGGAGGCCCGUCCCAGAGCGAGAACUCUAUAACCAGUAUACUAAGCAGUAUACUGAGGGAGGCUCACUAUGUCGGCGGAGACGCAGGCCUGCUCCCACCAUUCAUCCGGGGCAGAGACGGAUGGCCGCUCACUCCAGGCCAUGCUCUGUUAUAGAGGCCAGUGUUACUAGAGAGACACAGUCUACGGAGCUGCACCACAGAGCCUUGUCUCGUCCCCCGGGGGUGUCACCAUUAGAGCCCCCACUCAGGGUUUCUCUCCAGCGGUGCCGCUCCCUUCCUCUGCCCCCCAGCACUCUCACAGCCUUGGCACUGCUUCUACCGCAAACAGACAUGGGUCAGUCAUCGUCGUCGGUGCGUCUGCGGUCUGGAGACUCCGGUAGCUGCAGAAGGAGGCUGCUAAGACCUGGCUCAGAACCACUGCAGGUUAACAUAUUGAUAAGCGGAGGUUCAAUCGUCAGCGCUGAGGCGGUAUGGGACCAUGUGACUAUGGCGGAUCGGGAGUUGGCGUUUAAGGCUGGUGACGUCAUAAAGGUGCUGGACGCCUCCAACAAGGACUGGUGGUGGGGCCAGAUCGACGAGGAGGAAGGAUGGUUCCCUGCCAGCUUUGUACGGGUGGAACCCCACCCUCCUCAGCCCCAAACAAAACAGGUUUUCUAUAUCAACCCCAUAGCAACUCCACGGUUCCAAAACACCACGUCAAAGCUGUGGGUGAACCAGGAGGAUGGAGGGGUGGAGCCGGCUGAAGGGACCAGUGAGGUGCAGAACGGCCACCUGGACCCGACCAAUGACUGCCUGUGUCUGGGCUCGCCCCUCCAGAACCGCGACCAGAUGAGAGCCAACGUCAUUAACGAGAUCAUGAGCACAGAGAGACACUACAUCAAACACCUCAAGGACAUCUGUGAGGGGUACCUGCGCCAGUGCAGGAAGCGUGUGGACAUGUUCAAUGACGACCAGCUGAAGGUGAUUUUUGGGAACAUUGAGGACAUCUACCGCUUCCAGAUGGGCUUUGUUAGAGAUUUGGAGAAACAGUACAACACAGAGGAGCCCCACCUCUCUGAGAUCGGACCCUGCUUCCUAGAACACCAAGAUGGUUUCUGGAUCUAUUCAGAGUACUGUAACAACCAUUUGGAUGCCUGCAUGGAGCUGAGCAAGCUGAUGAGGGAUGGCAGGUACCAGCACUUCUUUGAGGCCUGUCGCCUCCUCCAGCAAAUGAUUGACAUUGCCAUAGAUGGCUUCCUGCUUACCCCCGUCCAGAAAAUCUGCAAAUAUCCACUCCAGCUGGCAGAGCUUCUCAAAUACACUGCGCAGGAGCACAGUGAUUAUCGCUACGUGGCAGCAGCCCUGGCAGUGAUGCGGAACGUCACUCAGCAGAUCAACGAGAGGAAGAGGAGGCUGGAGAACAUUGACAAGAUCGCCCAGUGGCAAGCCUCUGUUCUGGACUGGGAGGGGGACGAUAUCUUGGACAGGAGCUCUGAGCUAAUCUACACAGGGGAGUUGUCAUGGAUCUACCAGCCGUAUGGACGCAGCCAGCAACGAGUCUUCUUCCUCUUUGAUCACCAGCUGGUCCUCUGUAAGAAGGAUCUGAUUCGCCGGGACAUCUUGUACUAUAAGGGGCGCAUUGACAUGGAUCGCUAUGAGGUGCGGGACGCCAUAGACGGGCGUGACGAUGACUUCAAUGUGAGUGUUAAGAACGCCUUCAAAUUGUGCAACAAAGACAGCGAGGAGAUCCACAUCUUUCUGGCCAAGAAGCUGGAGGAGAAGAUCCGCUGGCUCAGGGCCUUCCAUGAGGAGAGGAAGAUGGUGCAGGAGGAUGAGAAAAUCGGUUUUGAGAUCUCUGAGUAUCAGAAGCGGCAGGCGGCCAUGACGGUGAGAAAGGUGACCAAACAGAAAGGUGUAAACAGGUGCACGCCCCCCUCAUACCCGCCCCCCCAGGACCCCCUCACCGCGGGGCAGUAUGAGGUAACGGAGGACAUGGCACAAGGAGAGGUUUUUGAAUUCAGUCAACCCAAAAGAGGCCAGGCUCCUUUCUGGCAGAAUUUUAGUAGAUUAGCUCCAUUUAAGAAAUAGAGAUACACAGACUCUUCUGAAGGACCAGCUAUUUUUCUUAGAAGCACUAAACAUUGGAUGAUCAAGUCCCAUGAUGAAGAAAAUAUAAAAACACACAUACACAAGAGACUUUGAAGUAAAAGGACCAGUGUUAAUAUAGAGUGUGAUUGGAAGCAGCAAGAGGACUGAAGACUUGGAUUUAAGAAACAACUUUACAAUUCCUGUAUGUUAGUAACGUUCUUAGUUAUCAUGCUUCUCCAUCUGAGUCAACUGUCAUGAACUCUGUCCCUCGGAUUCUGCAACACCCAUAAUAAUCACACCAUCUGAAUGUCCUGGAGUUAUUGAGAUUGUUUUAUUAUUUCGUUUGAGUUCAGCAUUUGGAAAACGAGCGCAAAGUCUUGUUAGCCCUUACAAGGCCAAGCUGGAUCAUUCCUACUAGUAGUAUGAUUGUGUUCAGAAGCUGAAAUCUUGCUGUGCUGCUAUGUGAGAUUGCUUGUUGUAUUCUUCUGAAUGUGCCCUGUGGUGGAGCGUGAAUAAUGACAGGCCUCAGCUGAUGGGGCUGUGGAAUCUGGAGGGCCUGUGAAGCUCUGUUUUCAGCAUUGCCCUUGAGUUAGAUCUACUCUAGCACUGAUCACAAACUGUUCAGGCCAUCUUCGCUCCGCUGACGUCUGCGUUUGGAUCUCCUCGUCCUUCUCAAUGUUUCAUAUUCCCAUUUCCUCUCUCUCCAGCUCUGUGUUCUCCCACACUGUCUCCCUCUUUCUCAUAUGCUAGCCCUCUCACGUUCUCAGCGUAGUCGUCUCUCCAUCCCUCUCUGCAUCCCUCUCUCAUCCUCUCUAUCACUCUACCCACCUGCUCAGCCUCUGUGAGUCAAUGGUUCUCAGAAGAAGAGGUUCAUCCUCUUGGAAGCCUGCCAUUGGACAUGAUAUGAUGGGUCAGGGAGCAAAUCAAUAGCUGUAACAUCAAUAGAACAUUUACAUCCUUUCACCAACCACUUUUGACAGGGUAUUCAUAUCCUAUGAAGCAGAGGGGUUGUGGGUUGUGUGUCGUGGAGAACUUGCCAUUGAGAUGAAACAGAGGUGGAACUGUAGAUAGGCAGGCUAUGGUCUACCUGCCUUGUGUUAGAGCCCCUCCCCCCACUCCCCUGAGACCACCCCUGUAGCACUGUGCUGGCAACUCAUUGGGUAUUUGGAAAGAGCACAGCCUACCUCUGGAAGUCCACUGAGAACUGAAGUGACGAUGAUGCAUUGACCAAGACCUAAAAUAAUGUCUCCUUUUGAGUCAGCUGUAAAAGGACUUCUUCAGUCGAGUUCAUCAUUUUUGUAUUGCUCACACUGUAAAAAAAAAGCACAGCCCAAUUUCAGUCAGAGGAGCAUUUGUUUCCCUUGUUUGAGUAAAAAUGCUGCACAAACCUGCUCUGUGAGGUAUAAUGGCUAUUCUUGAUAUGACAUUGAUCAUACUUGCAUGCGACAAUGUGAGAAAUUACAAAAAUCCCUGACCAGAGAAAGAUGAAAGGGUCAAACAGUAGCAUUAGGGAUGUAAGUGGACAACCAUUUCAAUCAGCUGGGUUUGAGAGUCAAUACUGGAAAAAAAAAAAAAAAAAGAAUACGCAAAUGUAGAUUGUAAAAAAUGUGAGCCAAUG